AUGUUUAGACAAACUCCUCUUCAUAAUGCAGCAAGAAAUAAUAGUAAAGAAACAGUCGAACUUCUUAUCUCUCAUGGUGCAGAUAUCAAUGAAAAAGAUAUGUUUAGACAAACUCCUCUUCAUAAUGCAGCAAGAAAUAAUAGUAAAGAAACAGCCGAACUUCUUAUCUCUCAUGGUGCAAAUAUCAAUGAAAAAGAUAUGUUUAGACAAACUCCUCUUCAUAAUGCAGCAAGAAAUAAUAGUAAAGAAACAGCCGAACUUCUUAUCUCUCAUGGUGCAAAUAUCAAUGAAAAAGAUAUGUUUAGACAAACUCCUCUUCAUAAUGCAGCAAGAAAUAAUAGUAAAGAAACAGUCGAACUUCUUAUCUCUCAUGGUGCAAAUAUCAAUGAAAAAGAUAUGUUUAGACAAACUCCUCUUCAAUAUGCAACCAAAUAUGAUAGUAAAGAAACAGCCGAACUUCUUAUCUCUCAUGUUGCAAAUGAAAAUGAAAAUUUUUAA